AUGGGAAAUGAAGCUUCAACUUUAGUGACGACUGAUGAGAAGAUUCUGAACGAAGCGAAGGCUGGAUUUAAUCAAUUCCCGGCGGAAUGGAUUCAAGAACUGAAAGAUGACAAGAUUAGUUUUGAAUGCAGUUUUGGACUAAAUGGUACGGUUAGGAGAUCUGUGGCUGAAGGUAAUUAUAAUACAGUACUUUUUUAUUGUGUUUUCACAGGUUUAACCUUAAAAUUUGUAGAGAAUGAAUUGAAUGAGCUUCUUACAUCAUCAACCCAAUCAUCGACCGCAUGUUCGGUCUUAAAUGCCACGAAAAGUGUCCAUCCUCGCAUCACAAAGCCUCCUGAUACUCGGAUGUCCACUGGUCUUUGUAUGGACUUUGAUCCAUAUUAUUACGAUCCAUAUUGCUAUGACCCAUUCUACGGUCCAUGCUACGAAAUCUACGAGCCCUGUUAUUCCCCAUGCAUGGGUAUUGGAUAUGUCCCGCCUCCAGUUGUUGUUGGAGCUCCCAUGGUAGUGCAACAACCACAGUAUGUCCAAGGUGGUCAGUACGCACAACAACAGCAGCAAUAUGCUGGACAAGGACAGGGUCAUGAAGUGGAAGGAGUACGCAAGAGAUUCUAUAUUAAGGAUCCAGAUGCUCCUGGAGGAAUGAGAGAAGUUACAGAAGAAGCUAUCAAACGUAGGCUUAUUGAAACAUUUGUAGGAUUUUUGUUAAAAACCUACAAUAAGGUUUUUAAUAAUAAGUUAUUCAACUUACAGAAGGGAAAUACAAAUUGGUUAAAAGACUUGAGGGUCCAGAGAUUUCCGCCAAACCGAAAAAACAAAAAUCGAAGAAGUAUAUGAUCAAAGAUCCAGAUGCACCAGGAGGGCUACGGGAAGUUAGUGAAGAUGAGGUCAAACGUAUGUUUGUUGACGUUUUCUAGUUAGCAUAGAGAACCGUCUUAUACAGCUGACAAGCCUACGAACUAAUCUAUCUAACUAAUAAUCAAUUUUUAAAUAUUUUAGAAGGAAAGUAUAAGCUAACGAAAAAGUCCCCGGAACCAGAAAACGUUCCGGAAGCAUUUGAAGAUGACAUCGCACCUCAACAAAAGCAAUAUCCUCGAGUUCAACGACAACCAAUUCAACAAUAUGAGAUGCAACAGCAAUAUCAGCAACGACAGCAGCAACGAACGAAGAAAAGUAAAUGUUGCGGAUGUUGUUGA